AACAACAUAUUGUUUUGGUCUCUGACGUCCGUGAAAGCCUGGUUGACGUCUGGUCAGUCCAUCCCAAUUUCACGCUGAAACAUCGAAAUAUUCGACUUCGUAGCCAGGAUCGCCGUACAUCAUGGUUUCAGCCAAGGAAGUCCUGUCGCGAAUGAAAACAGAUGGGUGGUGUUUGGAGGAGGAAAGAUGAUGCUAGAUGCCAAUGUGCAGAAAGUAAUAAAUGCAGGAUUUUCUCAAGAAGUAGCAGAGUGGGCCUUGAGGCAUAAUAAAAAUGAUCCUGUGAAGGCCAUUCGUGAGCUCAGAGCUUCUGCUAGUGGGCAAUCGGCUUCAAAUGAAGGGAACUACAAUAACAGAAAAACUGAAGAUGAUGGUGGUUAUCGAGGACGAGGUGGGCGAGGGCGAAAUAGAGGUCGAGGACGGGGCCGAGGAGGUGGAGGGCCAGACGGCAGUGACGAUGAUUACGAACCACCUCCCAACAUGCCACGACCUUCAGGCCCCGCUUCACUUUUCGACUUUUUGGACUCCAAGAUGAUUGAAAAGAAAGAAACUAUAAAGUUUACUGACCCUGUUCCUGAUGUACGUGGGCCUGCUAACCACAGAGGUCGUGGAGGACGUGGAUCAAGAGGAAGGCAUGGUGAUGGAAGAAAUGAUUUCAACAGCUCAUCUAUAAAUGGAAGUGUUUCACCUCCAAAUUUGACUACUGAAAACUGGCCAGCACCAGGGGAAGAAAAACCACCCCCAAGUAACAGAACAUUCAUUGAAAGUAAAGAACUGAUGGAAGAAAAAGAACAUCAAGAAAACCUGGCAAUGAUGAGGCAGUUCCCUAAAGUAGCUUCUUCCAGUGGAAGAGAAUACCAGCCACCUGCCUACCGGAAUGGAUAUAGUGGCCAGCAGAAUUAUGGGAGUGGUGAUAGACAGGAUUAUGAUAAUUCACAAAGAGAUUAUUAUUAUCAAGAAAACAGAGGACGGGGAGGAAGACGAGGUUUCAGAGGUGGAGGAGGAUAUGGUGGUGGUGGGUAUGGUACCAGUGGGGGUGGGAAUUACAGAGGAGAGGCAGAUGGUGCAUAUCGAUACAAUGAAGGAGGCAGAGGUGGACGUGGGAACAAUAACAGUGGUCCUAGAAGGGAUGGCAGCUAUAGUGGUAACAAUUACUAUAGAGGGGAUUAUAAUACAAAUUACAGAGGGAAUGAUGGAGAUUCAGGUAAUAACCCAAACAGAGGAAAUGUGAAUAGAGGCGACUCAAAUCACUAUGACAGUAGAUAUAAUUAUUCUAAUAAUAGUCAACGAACUAACAGAGGAAGGGGUGGAACAGGAAAUAGAGGUCCUCAGGAACUCAUCAAGGACUUCCAGAACAGUAUGGUUGUCUCUAGACACUACCAGAACAUUGCAGAUGGCAACACAGCACCAAGCCAUGGCAGGUAUAAUGAUGGUGAUUACUCCCAGUUCUCUGGUACUUUGGAGUUCCACCGUGGUGGAGGAAGAAGGGGUGGGCGAGGGGCUUAUAAUUAGCAAUUACUGAAGCUUGGUGGUUAGAAAAAAGAAAUAAUAGAGAUACCAGCAAUAAUGUGUUAUUAGGCAAAAUGUGUGAAGGGGGAAAAUAUUGUUAACACAAUUUAGUAUGGGUGUACUUUGUGGAGACUAUGUUGAAAGUGUUAAAUGUCCUAUACAACAGAUUAAGGUUUUCAUUGUUAAAACAGCAGACAAGAUUGUCUACUGUACACUGAUUAAAUACACUAUCAUUCUUCAGAAUUUUGUUGAAUACAUUAUGUCAUAAAUAUUUCUCCACAAGUUACAUCACUACUUCUGUUGGUUUUUAUAAGAUAUGCUGACACUUCUUGUACUUCCUGUGAACAUGCCAAUAUUUCUCUGGUCCAUGACUGCCAAAUCAUCUUCCAUUACAUUAUCAACCUAUGUACAUGUUUUCUUCUGACAAAUUUUACAAUAAAAUUGUACUUUUGUUUAUAUGCUAUACAGUGACCAGUUACUUGAAAACAUUUGUGUGUUCAUGAAAUGUUCAUAGCAGAAUUAUUUAUAAUGUGAAGUACAGUAUAAUUUUUUAUAAUCUGGCAUAAGUUAAUCACUGGGCUUCACUUUGUUUAUUGGAAAUAUUAAUGUAAGUUUAUAUUUAUUUGCAUUAAGGGAAUCUUUAUGCUGUACGUAAAUUAUGUUUAAUAGUUUGAUUAAGGCGUGUAGUGACUUUAUUUUAACAGGAAUUUCUUCUGUAGUGAUCCACAUUUUAUUUUCUAUUAAUGUGGAUUUUGUGUAAAUUUGUAUGAAAAUAAUUUUUCAUAAUUCAGCAUAAACAUGCAAUAGAAGGUAUGAGUAAUCAUAUCAGCUAGUUCAUUACUAUCAAGGUAAGUUAAUGUAAUCAUUCUUGUUUCACAUUAUUUAUAAUAAAAAUUUCAAAGUAAUGGUAAUAUAAUGUGAAAGAUUUAAAAGGAAUGUUCCAAACAGGAGCUAUCCUCCAAACCUAUAAGGUUGAUUGGUUACUUUAAUUUUUGUUCUGUUAGGAUCAGAUGACACUUGGUUGAUAACUAUUUUUAUAAUAACCAUUCAGACCAGAUCCGUGCAUACUAUAGAGGGAAAAUCUGCCAUCCGUUCAGGGUUAAUUUUACAUAGCCUCAUGACAAAAUGUUGACCUCACUCAGCAGUUUUGUAUUUUAAUAACUUGUUUGCCUUAUAUUCUCUGCAGUUUAAGCUAUUUUUCAGCUUUACUAAUGCCAAAAAAAAGUUGAAAAGUUCUUUGUAAAGGAGAGUGAGUGUGAUUAUUAAUAAAAAAAAAUGCAUCCAUAUUCUUUUCUUUUUAUAGCAGUAGAACUAUUCAUAACUUUGUUGAUUAUAAUGUACAUGCAGUGUUUAUAGUAUUUUUCGCAUUAAAUUAUUUGUUAGCC